GCUACAACAUCAGCUGAUUAUUGAUUGUUACUAAAACUGAGUGCUUUACCCACCUGGGCAAUACAGACCCAGCUUGCAUCAAAGGGGAAAACCAACAAUAGCCUCUACCACAGUAAAAGGAGGAGGGAGAGUGACCAGUAGCCAGAGAGAGGCAGAGAGCAGGGAGCAAGUUUCCUUCCUCUCCCUUGACCCGUCUCCUUGUCAGGCUGGCUGGCGCAGCCAUGGCGUUCACCUUUGCGGCCUUCUGCUAUAUGCUGACCUUGGUACUGUGCGCGGCUCUCAUCUUCUUUGUCAUAUGGCAGAUCAUUGCGUUUGAUGAGCUUCGCACAGACUUCAAAAACCCCAUUGAUCAGAGCAAUCCCACCAGAGCGAGAGAAAGGAUUCUCAACAUUGAAAGGAUCUGCAACCUGCUUCGCAGGUUGGUGGUACCGGAGUACUCCAUCCAUGGUCUUUUCUGCCUGAUGUUCAUGUGUGCUGGAGAGUGGGUCACACUUGGCCUAAAUAUCCCGCUGCUCUUCUACCAUCUGUGGAGGUUUUUUCAUCGGCCCGCUGAUGGCUCAGAGGUCAUGUAUGAUCCUGUCAGUGUGAUGAACGCGGACAUUCUCAACUAUUGUCAGAAGGAGUCGUGGUGUAAGCUGGGCUUUUAUCUGCUCUCUUUCUUCUAUUAUCUCUACAGUAUGGUCUACGCCUUGGUGAGCUUCUAACAAAUUGGAGUGAUGGAGAAAUAAAAUAACUAUAAGAGAGAAAUAGAGAACAAAUGGAGACACAAACUCUUCCUUUCUCCAUGCAUUCUGACCUUUCUGGCUUUGGUCUUUGGGAGUCUAACCUUGGACAAAACAUGAAGACCAAUCGGAGUGAAUGUGUUUUUUUUUUAAAAAAAAACCUCCGUUCGAUUGUAUCGUUGUAUCCCAGAUACUGCUGUUGGACGACCGGAUAAAAUCUUGAAGGACUGAAAUGAUGCAGGUGUUUGUGUUGCCUUUGACCCGUUAUACAAUUUAACAAUACUUCUGAAGGGCUGGAUUUUCCCCACGCUGCUCUUAAUAAUCCAGUCGCUCAACUCACUGUGAAUUUCCAAACACUUAGGGACUGGAAAAUGAGAAAUUAUGUCUGUAUUCUUUGACUUUGACAAUGUACUAAAAGCAGGAUUGUUUUGCAUACAGGAACUCUGACAUCAAACCGUUACUCUGAUUGUGUUGCAGGUCCACAAACUGUAAGAAAAGGGUUAGCACUGUAAGAGAUUUAACAGGCCUGGCACUAAGACAAUGAGUCGGUGUGUGCACAGACACCUUUAACCAGGAUGGGGGAUAAAGAUUUGCCUGAUGCUAGCCUCUGCCAAAUGCAACACUGUAAAAAAAAAAAAAAGCAAGGAAUUAUACAGGUUUGGCUUAAAUAAGUUUGAAUUUAAGGGUCAUUGUUUGCAAUGUGCAUUCAAAAUAGGUUUGUCCGUAGGUCAAAGGACAUAUUUUACGCUACAUGCUAGGUUCACGCUUUCCAAAGAGCUGUAAGCUCAGACAUGCCAAAAGUUGAUCACUGAAAAGCAUUGUGCCAAAUAAAAAAUACAAAUAAAAGUGAUGCUAGAUGGUAGUUGCAGUAUUUUCCAAUCUCAAACCUUAUCUUUAAUUCUUCUUUCUUUAACAAGUGUUUUAUUUUGGCACAAUGUUUUUUUCCUUGAAAAAAAAAUACUUUAGUUCUGUUGUAUUUUUUAGUGUGCAGGAAGCACCUUAUUCCUAUUUCCAGUGAAGUUUAUUUAUUCAUCUGCAUCUAUACUAUAGUCAUUUUAGCACAGCGACUCUUCUCUGAUCCGAGGUAGAAUAGCAUAGUCAUCUCAUGUACAAAAAGCAAUUAAUAACAGUAAUCUAGCAAUGUAAAUUGAUUCAUGAGACAUACCAAUCCAGUGUUGUUCAGUGUUUGUAACAGCGAGUGGGACAAAAGUGGCAGAUGAGACAAUGAUGACUCUGUGACAAUGUUUCAGCUGUUUAAGGCGUGUAAUGAUGAUGAAGUCAUCCCAGUACAUCUACAAUCGUACAGCUUCAAAGGAGACACAUGUAAGACGCUGAUGUUGCUGAUCACCAGGAUUUGUAAACAGCCAAGCCUUUCCUCAGCUGCUGUGUGUUCAUUACAUGGAUCUGUUAGCAGAGAAGUGAUGGUUCAAAUGUGUGAUAUCAGCAGGAAAACAGAAACUCUGGGGGCCCGAGCACAAACUGUGAUGUUUGUUAUGCACCGACUCCAGGUGUGGUAAAUGUUGGCGUCUAAUAGACAAACUGUGGGCUCAGUUAGGAAAAAAUUGAAGUAAGAAGUCUCCAGAGAGCGCGGGUGGGCGUUUCUCAACUGCUAGACGUGGCUGGCUGUAAUCGGUUACCUUGCCCCCAGCCCUUACUAACCAUGUCUUACUGUUAAGCAAUGCCCACUUAAAAUCAUGGUCUCGACUGCUGCAGCCUACUGAAGUUCUUAUUAUGCAGAAAGAGUUGCAGCAAAAAAUUAGAAAUUGUCAUGAGAUAGAUGGUUUGAUCAGUGACACUAGUGACAAAUUCCUUGUGAUAGCGAUAUAUGAAUUUGCUUUCUAAUGAAAACUACAUCUACUGUCUGUAGCACUCAGCCCCAAGCCCAUUUGUUUUGUUUUUUCACUGCAGUUUUAGCAAAUGUCCAUCAAAACAAGGGUAAAUGCAAUAUAUCUCGAGGACUAUUUUUUUAGCAGUGGAAUAAUAAACAUUUUUUUGCAUCAGCACUUUUUCCUGCAACAGCACUAUGUUUAUGAGAUUGAUAAAAUAUAAGCCCCAUGCUCGUUCAUCGAGACAAGUGUCAUCCAGUGAAACAGUGGCGGGAUAAAAUGUGUCGGGCCUUCGCUAUACAGGUAAUAUUCAUAAAUCAGUUGAUUUAUGGAUUCUUAAUUUUCACAGAAUCUGUUGGCAAUAUGGAAAUGAUGAAAUAUCGCCAAUAUCAUCCUUUAAAUGGUUUUUAAUUCCUAAUAUAAACCUGUUCAAAGUGUCUUUAUUAACUGAGUAAUACAGUGCAUUGCAUACAGUGUGCUCUGCAUUGCAAGAAGCAUCAUUUCUUCAAAGUAAUAUGUCGUAUAUUAGCCUCAUUGCAGAAAUUUCUGAAGUUUUAAAAGCAUUGAUAACCUUUGUUGUUAAUGUAGCUGUGCUGUAGAGGUUCAGCACAUACAUGCAUAUGUACGCACACAGCCUUAUCUCAGUCAGAAAUCAUGGCAUACAGAGAGCAAGUCAAACUGCCUGCGUGAUCCGAAUUGCAAGCACUGAAGCAAUUUCAGUAGGCUGUCAGUGUGUCUGAAGACAAGACAGUAUAUGUUGUUCCAAAAAAUGUUGAAAGUAAUCACAGGACGCUGAGACCUCAAAACUCUGCCAACAGUGAGAGCGUGUUGAGUCCAGACAAUCGCUACAAAAAGCACAGGAACACGAGGAGAAAAGGGAGAAAUGCAGCUUGGUUGAAUGUCAUUAUGUAGUUGCUGUGAACAAAGCCUUUUAGAAAACUGUAUUUGAGUAUAAUUAUUUGUAUCUGUCUUUUAUACAUUUCUCAUCGACAUAUGCUACAGUAAAUUUGGUGGAUUACUUUAUAUAUA